CCAUGGUCCGUCCGCGCCGCGCCCCGCACCGCUCUGGCGUUGGGGGCACCCUCGGGGGUCGCGGCAGCCCCCCACGACCUCUCGUGGUGCGUGCUGUCCGCUCGCGAUCCUGGCCAGCCAGCCCCCGAGGCCUGCAGCCGCCGCGGAUUCGGGCCCGCUCGGCCCCUCCCAUGGAAGGUGCCCGAGUCUUUGGGGCUCUGGGUCCCAUCAGUCCCUCCUCGCCUGGUCUCACCCUUGGGGGUCUGGCUGUGAGCGAGCACCGGCUCAGCAACAAGCUACUAGCCUGGAGCGGUGUCCUCGAGUGGCAGGAGAAACGCAGACCCUACUCGGACUCUAAUGCGAAGCUGAAGCGGACCCUACCCUGCCAGGCCUACGUUAACCAGGGCGAGAACCUGGAGACUGACCAGUGGCCACAGAAGCUGAUCAUGCAGCUGAUCCCGCAGCAGCUGCUGACCACACUGGGCCCUCUGUUCCGCAACUCCCAGCUGGCACAGUUCCACUUCACCAACAGAGACUGCGACUCGCUCAAGGGGCUCUGCCGCAUCAUGGGCAAUGGUUUUGCGGGCUGCAUGCUAUUCCCCCACAUCUCCCCCUGCGAGGUGCGUGUGCUGAUGCUCCUGUACUCGUCCAAGAAGAAGAUAUUCAUGGGCCUCAUCCCCUAUGACCAGAGUGGCUUCGUCAAUGCCAUCCGGCAGGUCAUCACCACCCGCAAACAGGCAGUGGGACCGGGUGGUGUCAAUUCAGGUCCAGUCCAGAUCGUCAACAACAAGUUCCUGGCAUGGAGUGGAGUCAUGGAGUGGCAGGAGCCCAGGCCUGAGCCCAACAGUCGGUCCAAGAGGUGGCUGCCAUCACAUGUCUACGUGAACCAAGGGGAGAUCCUGAGGACCGAGCAGUGGCCGAGGAAGCUGUACAUGCAGCUCAUCCCGCAGCAGCUCCUGACCACCCUGGUGCCGCUGUUCCGGAACUCCCGCUUGGUGCAGUUCCACUUCACCAAGGACCUGGAGACGCUGAAGAGCCUCUGCCGGAUCAUGGACAAUGGCUUUGCUGGCUGCGUGCACUUUUCCUACAAGGCCUCGUGUGAGAUCCGUGUGCUCAUGCUCCUAUACUCCUCGGAGAAGAAGAUCUUCAUCGGCCUCAUCCCCCAUGACCAGAGCAAUUUUGUCAAUGGCAUCCGGCGCGUCAUCGCCAACCAGCAGCAGGUCCUGCAGCGGAACCUGGAGCAGGAGCAGCAGCAGCGAGGGAUGGGGGGGUAGUGGCUACCCCCAAGCUGGGCCCCUUCAGGAGUCACAGAUGAGGCCCCCACAGAGACUGGUUGGAUGCUUCUGAGCAGGGGCCCCUGGGGACUGCAACUGCCCAGCGACAUGGAGGACAGAGUCCUGAGGUCUCCCAGGAUGGUCCCCACCCUUGUACGUUUCCCCAAUAAAGCCUUUUAAAAACCUA